AUGACCACCAUUCUCUCGGAAGAGGAGUUCAACACGCAGGUCGUGCUCAAGUACACCGACGUCAUUGGCGAGAAGCUCGGCGGGUCCGUGGAGGCGUGUUCCGACGAGUGGUUUGCCGCGGCCGCCAACUUGAUCAAGCCCAAGGCGCCCGUCCGUGACGCCACGCGGUUCACGCACGCCGGCGCCUGGUACGACGGCUGGGAAACGCGCCGCCACAAUUCCGAGCCCGCAGACUGGGUCGUGGUCAAGGCGGGCGUGGCGCGCGCUAGCAUCGUCGGCUGUGAGGUCGACACUGCGUUCUUCAACGGCAACCACGCGCCGCACAUCUCCGUGGAGGGCGCCGAUUUCAGCACGGCCGCGGCGCCCGCGGACUGGGCCUCGGCCGCGGUGGCCUGGGAGCCGGUGAUGGCCAAGACCGAGUGCGGGCCCUCGCAGAGACACUUCUUCGUGCGGCCCCAGGGCGCCACGGCCCGCAGCUACACGCACUUCCGCUUGCGCAUGUACCCGGACGGCGGCAUCGCGCGCUUCCGCUUGUACGGCGAGGUGCACGCGGUGAUGCCCGCGGACCCGCGCACGGUGGUGGACUUUGCGCUGGUCAAGAACGGCGGCGUGGCGGUGCGCGUGAGCGACCAGCACUUCGGCAGCGCGGACAACCUCCUCUUGCCCGGGCGCGGCCACGACAUGUCGGACGGCUGGGAGACCAAGCGGUCGCGGGCCGCGGGCCACGUGGACUGGGUGGUGAUCCGCUUGGGCGCGCCCACGGUGAUCCGGGACAUCGUGGUGGACACCGCGCAUUUCCGCGGCAACUUCCCGCAGAAGAUCAACGUCAAGGGCUUCCGGGGCCCGGAGGCGCCGGCCCACGACUCGGACGCGUGGUGUGUGUUGGUGGGAGACUCCAAGACGGGGCCGGAUGCGGAGCACCGGUACGACGUGCGCGAGCCGGCGCCGUUCACGCACGUGCUCUUGACCAUCAUCCCGGACGGCGGCGUCAAGCGCGUGCGGGUGCACGGCUGCGUGGCGGAGGAGUAG